AUCUUUAGCUGCAGGAGAAAACGAAAAAGAACCUUCUUACUUAUUGAUGCAAAACUUACCCAAAUUAAUAACAGCAUAUUGUUGUAUGUCUCCAUACCGAGCGUCUAUUUAUUCUCCAUAGGCCUCGCCACUUCUACCUGGCAUUUUCACACAGCUCAACAUGAGUUCUGAAUUCAUCCUCCUGUUCUUGUCACUCUCAUCUUUCCAUGUUUGUCAAGCGAUCAACAACGAGGCAUUUUCGCAAACACUUUCCGUACAAACAAAUCCUUUCACUCCUAGAUCCUCACUGGUUCGUUACUGGAAAACCCACGUCUCCAGCAACCUCCCAGUCCCGCAGUUCCUGCUUGCAAGAGCCUCCCCUCUUUCCCCUCAUGACUACGCCCUCUUCACAAAGCUCGGCUCCCAAAAAACCCUCUCUUCACGCUACGAUUCACUUUGCUCCUUAGCCAAUUUGUAUUGCUCGUUCGACUCAUCACCACAACUUUCCGAUGCGACCAAUCGCACGAGCAAUACCGACGCCAACUUCGCCAUCUACUCCAACAAACAAUUUGCAAACUACGGAUCGUCUCAAGUCGGCGGAGUCAAAUCGUUCAAGAACUAUUCAGGCGGCUUGAACAACAUCAAUGAUUCGUUCAAAAAAUACAACCCAGGCUCGACCCGCCAGAACGAGCAGUUCACGAACUACGCAGAAAACGGCAAUGUAGCAGAUACCAGCUUCACCAGUUACGGGCCCGGAGCCAACUCCGGCUCCGGUAGCUUCAAGAACUACGACAAGCGCGUCAACGUUCCCGAUCUCCGGUUCACUUCCUACGACUCUGGGGCCGACAACCGCCAGCUGUCAUUCUCCAGCUAUGGCAACGAGACCAACUCUGGUACCCAAUCGUUCGCGAGUUACGGCAAGAAAGGCCAAGCGGGACCCAGGGAUUUCACUAACUACGCGGUUAGCGCCAAUAUACUGCAAUCCGACUUCACGGGUUAUGGCGAAUCGGGUAGAAGAGCAAACGACACCUUUAAGUCCUACGCUUCCUCGGGCAACAACCCGAAAGCCGGUUUCAAAUUCUACGGCACCGGGUCUGUAUCCGGAUCCCAAGCAUUCACGAGUUAUCGGAACGGUGCAAAUGUGGGCGAGGAUUCCUUCCAGACUUACGCUGCAAAAUCUAGCUCGGGCUCAGCGAGUUUCGAGAACUACGGGCAAUCGUUCAACGUUGGUAACGAUACCUUCAAGGAAUACGGCCAGGGAGCCGUAGGUCGGUCCACGAUCGGGUUCAAGACAUACGGGUUGGGUCGGACGUUCAAAGAUUAUGCCAAGCAGGGAGUGUCGUUUUCGGGGUAUCGCAACUUCAGCGGCUCCAGUGGCAGGCUAGCAAAUAAAUCGGUUGAGCCAGGCAAAUUUUUCAGGGAGUCGAUGAUCAAGGAAGGAAAUGUCAUGGUGAUGCCCGACAUAAGAGACAAGAUGCCUGCAAGGUCGUUUUUGCCCGAGGCUCUUUCAUCAAAAUUACCAUUCUCGUCGCCGUCGCUGGGCGAGAUCAAGCAAGUGUUUCACGCGAGAGAUGGGUCGGCGAUGGAGCGCGUGAUUGUGCAGGCUUUAGCAGAGUGCGAGAGGGCGCCGAGCCGAGGCGAGACGAAACGGUGCGUAGGGUCAGGAGAAGCCAUGAUACAGUUCGCCGUGUCCGUGCUGGGACCCAAGGUGGUGGUGAGGAGCACCGAGAAUGUGAACGGGUCAAGCAGGAGCGUGAUGAUCGGAAAAGUCAGAGCGAUCAACGGCGGGAGAGUGACGGAAUCAGUUUCUUGCCAUCAAAGUUUGUACCCGUACCUAUUGUAUUAUUGCCACUCAGUCCCCAAAGUAAGAGUGUAUGAAGCUGAUAUUCUUGACGCGGAUACAAAGGCCAGGAUUAAUCAUGGGGUCGCCAUAUGUCAUCUGGACACGUCAGCAUGGGGCCCAACGCAUGGGGCCUUCCUGGCCCUGGGGUCCGCUCCUGGGAAAACCGAAGUGUGCCAUUGGAUAUUCGAGAACGACGUGACGUGGACCACCGCCGAUCGAGUCUGAAAGGCGUGUUUCCUUUCCUUUCCGUUCCCUGUUAUUGUUGUUAUAUUUUUUUGUUUUUGGAAGUAAAUUUUGUAAGCUGGAUGGCUUCUGGGUUUGUUGUUAAAUUGUUCAAUCCUUAAUGGUCGUGAAUGUUUGUGGCCAAUGUUAGCGAUGGCAAAGAACAAAAGGGGAUGGACAUAAAAGGCAUUUUGGUUUUAUGGUGAGUGAUGAAACUGAAGUGAUUGUGCGAUUUAAAGUGAGAAGUAUAAAGAGCGGAAACAGAAGGGGCAGCUUUAGCCUUUAGGUGCAACCCAAGAAAUGGAGCAUGAAAGCUACCGUUGAUGGCAUAUGAUGCGGGUUGCAGCAGAGGAGUGAACUGUGGAAUAUAUUGAACUCAAUGGUCAUUCUGACAGAAGCAACAAUGGCCCACGGACACUGUGAUCCUCUCCUCUUCCCCGUUUCCUCCAUUAGUCACUCCCUCCCUUUAUUUAUAUUCACUUUCAUGGCCCAUCCUUGUGGUUGAUACAACCACCUAUCUAUCUAUCUAUCUAUCUAUCUGGGUCUAAUUCCGAUGAUGUUUGGUCCUUGUUUUUAAUUGAUGUGGUAAAGCGACUUUUG